CCCCCCAUCAUAUCAUGUGGCAUUGGCAUUUGUAUUCGCACCGCUGUUUGUCAUUUUUAACUAGCUUAUUGGUUAGCGCAGUUGAGUAAAGUCGGUGUUCAAGUUGAAUAGUAAUAAUAAUUGUAGCAUUUUUGAAGUGAAGAAUACAGCACGGUUAUUUUCAGUACUAAAUCGCAGUUUGUGUCUGGGCUUAAGAAGUAUGGCUGGAGUACCUAUUAUUACGCUCAACAAUGGUUACAAAAUUCCUCAAUUUGGUCUUGGGACUUGGAAGUCAAAACCAGGAGAGGUGCGAGGAGCUGUGGUAGAUGCUAUUCGCUGCAAUUACCGCCACCUGGAUUGUGCGCUUGUUUACCAGAAUGAGAAGGAGGUGGGAGAAGGAAUCCAGUUGGCAAUACAACAAGGGCUGUGCAAGCGGGAAGAUUUAUUUAUCACUACCAAGUUGUGGAAUACCUUUCAUAAAGAAGAACUGGUUGUCCCUUCGUUGAAGAAAUCAUUGGAGAAUCUAAGUCUGGAAUAUGUGGAUCUCUACCUUAUUCAUUGGCCUCAUGCAUUUAAGGAGGGGUCAGAACUAUUCCCUAUGGAUGCCAACAACAAGACAGCGUACAGCAAUGUAUCCUAUCUGGAAACCUGGAAGGGCAUGGAACAGUGUGUGCAGCUCGGUCUUACCAAGUCCAUUGGGUUGUCUAACUUCAACAGUAAGCAAGUGGCCAAGGUGCUGGAUAUGGCCACCAUAAAGCCUGUCACUGAUCAGGUGGAAUGUCAUCCCUAUCUGAACCAGAAUAAGCUGAAAGCGUAUCUAGACUCUGUGAACAUCGCCCUGACAGCCUACAGUCCAUUGGGCUCCCCCGAUCGUCCUUGGGCCAAGCCUGAUGAGGAACCCUUGCUAGACAAUCCCACGAUAGUAGCCAUGGCAGAGAAGUACGGCAAAAGUCCAGCUCAGAUAGCUCUCCGUUAUCAGAUUGAGAAGGGCAACAUUGUCAUUCCCAAGUCUGUUACCAAGUCCAGAAUUGAGAGUAACAUACAAAUAUUUGACUUCUCAUUGAAACCAGAAGAUUUAAAAACACUUGAUGAUUUGAAUGUCAAUUGCCGAAUGUUAGAAUUGGAAGCGCUCAAGGACCAUCCUCACUACCCGUUUCAUGAAGAGUACUAGACUGAAACACCCCAAGAGCAAUUUUACUAAUGAGGAUACUGUAUAUAAUACGAUUGGUGCUUUACACCUAAGAGAAAUAAGGUUAUACAUUUUUACCUAAUCCCACAUGUUACAUCGCCCUAACGUAAGAGUAAUAUAAUGAAAUCAUUAAAAUCAUUAUGUCACUAAGAUAUAAGGAGUCAAUUAGAAUGUUUACAUUUUACUUUGAUCAACUUUGUAUAAUAAAAUUAUCAGUUCAAAGUGAGUGGUCCAAAAAAGAAGAUAAAAUGUAACAGAAAAGCAAGUUUGAUGUUUAGUAGUAAGUGUGUGUUUCUUUCAUGGUAGCCUACAAAUAUGUGCAAAAUUGAAGUUGUGUUUCUCAUAUAUUCAAACUAGACCUGAUUAGUGUGUUUAAAUAUUAAACCACCUAUUAUUUUUAUUCUGGUUUUAAUUUCAAAAGAAUUAAAAUUUUUCUCUCUUUCAUUAUGACACUUUAGGAAUACUAAGUACGGAAUCAAGUAAAAUUUUCUGUAACAAUUAUGAUAAUUUCUUCACAGCAUGCAUGAUGGAUUGCACGAUCCUAACUCCGGCUCAAAAAAACAAUUUUUAAUUACAUUUUGUUUUUACUCAGCUGAUUAUACAACUCACCUUUACUAUUUUAUACACAAUUUUCGUUGUUAUACUGUAAAAAUUGUAUUUACAUUAUUAUUGUUAUAAAAUAUUGGUAAUUGCAUUAGUGAUUAAGCUUUAUUAAUGAUUAAGUAUAUGAAAAAUUUAUGAUUCUUAAACUUUAUUUAUUAUAAAAAGGGAAUAUGAGUACUUAUAUCCCCCAAUAACAUAUAUUUUGUGAGGAAAGUUUAUUGUUAAGGAAGGUAAAAUAAGUAAUUUUGUCAUUUAUUAAAAAUAAAUACAUAAAAUGUGGA